ACAGAAUCCUUCGGAUGUCUCCACAGGCAAUGGUGGCUUGCUAUCCAGGAAAUGGAACAGGUUAUGUCCGCCAUGUGGAUAACCCCAAUGGUGAUGGCCGCUGUAUCACCUGUAUCUACUACCUGAAUAAGAAUUGGGAUGCCAAGUUACAUGGAGGGGUAUUGCGGAUAUUUCCAGAAGGGAAAUCAUUCGUAGCAGAUGUGGAGCCCAUUUUUGACAGACUCCUGUUCUUCUGGUCAGACCGCAGGAACCCACAUGAAGUUCAGCCCUCCUAUGCUACCAGGUACGCUAUGACUGUCUGGUACUUUGAUGCUGAAGAAAGGGCAGAAGCCAAAAAGAAAUUCAGGAAUUUAACUAGGAAAACUGAAGACUGACUGUGGUGUGGAAUCCGCUGGCCUCGUUCAUUUAGUAGUGGUUCCUGAAAUUUUAAGAGUCAAGAGCCAAAGAGUCUGUAAAAUCCCUCCACUGCCUCCACCACUCACAUCCCUGUCUUGUUUUUGGUACUUUAUGUUUUCUUGCCAGGACUGCGUUGACCUUCAGAUACUCUCUUUGUCAGACGAACUCAUUAGCUAACUCUAGAAAUACCUGCCAGCAUCCUUAUUGGCCAGCGGUUUAACUGAUAGAUUUGGGGAUAGGGCUGUUGAGACAAGAGCCCGGGAGCCCAGGAGUGACUCUUAUUUGCACUUUAUAUAUACUUCCUGAUUUGAAAGGAGGAAGCUUGCAAAACACAUUGGUGACAGAUGCCACAAAGAGGCACUCUUGAAAUCUUAGCAGCAAGAAGCAGAGAUACAUAUCAUCUCAACAAUUUCCAGAUGUUAACCUGAGACUGGACAAUUACGACAACCUAAUGACAUUAUUACCUCUAGAAAGAGCUGCUGUCAUCGUGAUCAAUUUAUAAAUGUCCUAUUGUGGACACUCCUUUUUCCUGGCCCUUAACCUGGACUUUCUAAAUCAAUGACUUUCUUGUUGAAGAUGAUACCAUCCUUACUCUAUUUUCACUUCUUACUUGGAGAACCUAAUUAUACAGAGAAUAAAACUGGCCGUGUAGUUUGGGUUGUUUUUCUGGCGUUGAAAUUGGAAAUUAAAUCAAAGGACAGAAAUCUUCCAGGUAAUUCAGCAUUAGCCUCUGCUCACUGUGUGGGCAGAGCAAAGCCUAGCGCUACACAAUACCCAUGUGUGCCAUGAACAGGUCAAGAGGGAAGAUGUGAUUGGAAGCGCAGGUAAUCCCUUUUGUCAGCGUUUCCUUUAAUCGUUCAAGCGACAAAGAACAGUGUGCUGUAUCUCGAAAGAGACUGGAAAUGAAAAGAUCUCAAAGCUGUUAGAGUUCUGCCAGGUUGUCUUCCCCUAGCAGCCUUUCUUUAGCCACCUUGGCCCUUGAGAGCAACUGGUUGGUAGUGCUGCCAGACUUGUGGGGUUUGCUAAGACUGUAGAAGGUUCUGCUGCUUCGGGCCACUUCCUCCAGAACCUAUUUUGGAAAAGUUAUCCAUCCUAGUCUGUGCAUCUACACCCCCCUCCCCGCCCACCCCA